AUGGUCAUGCCGAAGAUUCACCCUUCUCUGCCCCAGACUCAAGCGCUUAACUCAGACACCUUUUCCUUGCCACCUUUGGAUUCGUCGCUCAACUUUGCGGAGGUGAUGGAGUGGACCGCCACUCACAGCCCUACUCAUCCGUUAUUCAAGUAUCCGCUUGUAGAUGGAGGUGUUCGAACGAUCUGCUGGGCAGAAGCGUACAAAGCAGUCCUUGCUGGUUGCAAGAUCCUCAGGCAACGUAUCAAGGCGAGCGGAGAGGCUUCUCGUCCCGUAGUCGGAAUAUUAUCUAUCUCAGACGUCAUCCCGUAUUCUAUGAACCUACUGAGCUGUUUUCGCCUCAACUUCGUCCCCUUCCCUAUCUCUGCUAGGAACUCUUCGGUCGCUUUAGCGCAUCUUAUUGAGCAUGCAUGCAUCACGCAUAUUCUUUUGGGCCGCGACUCGAGCAUGCACGACCUACUCCAGUCAGCACUAAGCGUUUUGCGCGAAAAACACCCUGAAAGCACGGCUCCCGAGGUCCUGCCUAUGCUUCAGUUCGACGAGGUUUACUCUCCUUCAACAGAGACGGUGCAGCUUCCAGAAGUCGCUCCUUUCGUGAGCGCCGGCCCUGACGCUAAAGCGAUCAUCAUACACUCGUCCGGUUCCACAGCAUUUCCCAAACCUAUUGCUUGGCCUAAUCGUUGUUUCGACAAGUUUCAGUACACUUCCUUCUUUGGCGGGCAUGAUCUCACGGGCUUAGUCCUCUCUCUUCAUACUGUCCCCAUGUACCACAUGAUGGGCAUAUAUCCGCUCUACUGUGCGGCAGCGUGUGGUCUCGUAGUCAGCGCGUUUCAGCCAACCCACCCAGUCAUACUCCCGACUUCUGACAACUUGUACACUGCGGCAAAAUCUACGCAGAGUGACAUAAUCUUCUGCGUACCUUCGAUCUUAGAGCAAUGGGCAACAAACCCGGAGUACGUUCAAUGGCUUGCCUCUAGAUCAGGCGCGCAAUUCGGAGGAGGGCCCCUGAAUAAAGAAGUGGGGGAUUACUUAACGUCUCAAGGUGUCAAUCUGUUCCUUGUAUAUGGAUUAACGGAAACUGGCGCGGUUGCAACUGUUUUCCCAGAGCCGGCUGGCUAUGACUGGGAUUACUUCACCUUAUCCAAGUCGGCCACAGUAGAAUUGAUCCCCUAUGGUGAUAAGACAUAUGAACCUGUUAUUGUGCCGAGCGAGUUUAGCGUGCCUUGCGUCUUCAACACGACAGUAAAUGGUGUACCCGCAUAUGCUACGUCCGACCUGUUGUCCCCUCACCCGACUAAGGCGGGUCUUUGGAAGGUCUUUGGCAGGACCGACGAUCAGAUUAUGCAUAGCACCGGAGAAAAGACUAACCCAGGACCUUUGGAGAGCAUCUUGAACCAAGACGAAAAUAUCAUGUCAUCGGUGAUGUUCGGACGUGGAAAGUUCCAAGCCGGCGUUAUCAUCGAUCCCGUACCUAAGGCACAAUUUGAUCCUACCAACGAGGCCAAGUUAGCUGAGUUCCGAAACCUGAUAUGGCCGACAGUCGAGGCAAUGAACGCGUAUGCUCCCCAGCAUUCGCGUCUCUUCAAGGAAAUGAUUAUCGUAGCUAACCCUCUCAAACCAUUCACUUACACCUCCAAGAACACACCUCGGCGUGGGGCGAUCAUCAACUUAUACUCUGACGAAAUCGAGGAAGCUUAUGCCGCCGUGGACAAAACUACGCAGAGCAGCAUCCCACCACCGUCGGAGUGGAACUCUACCCAGACGCUGAAAUUCGUGGGUCUGGUUGUUCGAUCCGUACUCGGAAAAGACGUCCCCGACAAUGUUGAUAUAUUCCAGUUUGGAUGUGAUAGUCUUCAAGCGACAUGGAUUCGUAACUCCAUUCUACGUGCCCUUCGGGAUUCCUCUUCCGUCGACACGAGGUCGAUCAAGGAGAACGUGGUAUACACGAACACAUCCAUAUCUUCUCUCUCAAACUUCUUUGUGAAGUUUGCCGACGGAAAUACUUCCGACGAUAGUUUCAGUAUACCAGAGAGAAUGGCGCUGAUGCAGUCUCUCGUCAGCAAGUAUCUUACGAAGCAUCUUCCAGUUCAUCAGCCGCGUUCGCCUCCUCAGGGCAGCGGCGUUGUGUUUCUAGUCACCGGUACGACGGGACACUUUGGAAGCCACAUUCUCGCUAGUCUAAUCGAAGACGCAACUGUGGCACGAAUCUACGCACUGAAUCGCCCCAGCUCCGCUGGCCAAGCCAUCGGCGCCCGGCAAGCGCAGGCGUUCAGCAGUUGGGGUCUGGACGUGACGCUUCUGAAGGCUGACAAGGUCGUACUACUAGAAGGCGAUGCGCUGCAUGAUAGCUUCGGACUCGAUGAGUUGGUCUACAACGAGAUGACGGAGAGCGUUACACAUAUAAUUCACAACGCUUGGACAGUCAACUUCAACUUAGGCGUCAACUCAUUCGAAGAUAACAUCCGAUCACUUCGACGUUUAGUUGACUUUUCCCUCGGUUCCCCGCUCGACACACCACCAAAGCUCGCAUUCGUGAGCUCCAUCGGAGUACUCCAAAACGCGCAAGGGACGGUGGCGGUCCCGGAGGCCCCCGUCAGCGCGGAGAUCGCUGUGGGGUCGGGAUAUGCCGAGUCAAAGUGGGUGGCAGAAGAGAUUCUGCGACGUGUGGAAGCCUAUUCACCCACUUUCAACGCUCUCGUUGUUCGAGUUGGCCAACUGUGUGGCGGCACAAUUACCGGAAGUUGGAGUACCACGGAAUGGUUCCCAGCAUUGGUCCAAAGCGUCAAGGCGACCAAGUGUAUCCCAACCGACAACAAGCCUGUUUCUUGGAUACCCACCGACCUCGCCGCGUCUAUACUCGUCAAACUGACGAGCUCUUCUUUCAAACCCAAAGGCAGCAUCGUCCAUCUCAUACACCCUGAUCCCGUUGCGUUUUCCAUCCUCGCCGACGCGAUAGCCUCUGCUCUGGACGUCCCCACUGUUGCCUACAACCACUGGUUGUCCCGGCUCCAGAUUCUCAACGACGACAAAGGGAACGGUGCCUCCGCCGAGAAUAUCCGCGCGCUGCGGCUGCUCACGUUCUUCCAGGAGAUGUCUUCUGAUCGCCCAACGGGAGAAGCAAUGGGCGCAGUCAGACUUGAUUGCACGCAGUUGAAGGAGAGCUCGGCGCUACAGUCAGUGCAAUAUGAGCCGCUUGGAGCGGUGAACGCGCAGAGGUGGUUGGAAUAUUGGCGGAGCGUUGACUUCCUCUAG